AUGGGCGUCAAGCAGGUCCUCGUCCGCCCCCGCUACGGCGUCGGCGUCGGCGACGAUGACGACGACGGCAGCUGCAGCACCGGCAGCAGCAGCGCCGGCCGCUGCGAUGACGAGGCGGUGGACCAGUCGCCGUCGCCGCCGCCCAUGUCAUCCUGCGGACGCUACCUCCUCCACCGCGUCUGCAGGUUCGACACACUCGCCGGCGUCGCCAUCAAGUACGGCGUCGAGGUGGCGGACGUGAAGCGCGCCAACGGCCUCACCACCGACCUGCAGAUGUUCGCGCACAAGACGCUGCGGGUCCCGCUCCACGGGAGGCACGCGCCCGCCACCGCGCCGUCUCCUCCCUCCUCUUCCCCGAGCCACGCCGAUCGCGCCGCCAGAGAAUGGACUACACGCCGCCCUCCCAAAAUUGCUGCUUCCUUGGACCCAUUUCUUAAACCACCACGGAGCACAGUUUCGCCAUCAAUGAGCCUUCUGCAGGGAUACUAUGGCCUUACACCAACUCCAAAGGGGAACCUAACCAAUGAAGGCACAGAAAUGGCGACGUACGCUAAAGGUCAUCAUAGGAAAGCUAGAAGCUUAUCAAGCAACUUCUCUCUUGAAAAUGGAGAUGGCGCUAGGGAGAUGGAUGAUGCUGAGAAGCCCAUAAGGCGGCGCCAGAAAACUGAUGGUGAGUUGACAGCUAGGGAGGACAGUGGCGGUAGCAUGUUGGCGAGGUCUGGGCAAGGCUUGGCCCUUAGGCCAAAAUCUGGCAGUCGACCAGAUAUGAACGGCAGCCAGCAAGAUCUCUUGGCUACGUGGGUGCCCUCGUAUGGGGAUGGGUUGCACACUGUGAAGAAAUCAUCGAGCACUCCAGAGUUCCAGGAUUCAGACAGCAUCAGCAUUGCUUCUGUAUGGCUGAAGAGCAAGUGGAACUUGAAACCGGAUGCUUUCACCCUCACGCUUCCUCUCCCGCUGUUCGACGGCAUCUCCAAGCCUUUCUUCGACAGCAUCCCGAAGCCUCUCCUCGACAACAUUCCGAACUCGAUCGCUGCUUGGAGAAACAAGGCGGCCAAAGAUUAG